UUCCCUGUGUUUGUGUCAGGCUGCCAUCGCCGAGAAAGAGACUAGCGUGAGAUCAUAUUGACUGCUUUCGGCUUUGUAGUGUCGAAGUUGGUGCAGUUAUACAAAAUCCAUCCCGUUAAAUAUUUUACUGAAUUGCUUUGAUUUUGUUCAAUGAAGUAACGUUGCCUGAAGACUUUUGGUAAAUUACGCGCCUAAUGGGUUCAUUUCUCACAAUCCUUAGCCGCUAGCUGAAGCUACCAGUCCGUGCGGGCUGACAACUUAAUUGCACUGCAGCGGUAUUAGUUUGCUUUUUAACCACUGUUUGUUGACGAAGUGGUUUUAUUUUAACAAAAUUCCCUGGCCAGUGAGAACUUCAGAAAAUGCUGGCAACGGGAGCGGCUGUAACUAACGUCACAGCCCUGGCCCAGGUGGACCGUGAGAAGAUUUACCAAUGGAUCAAUGAGUUGUCCAGCCCAGAAACCAGAGAAAAUGCUCUGUUGGAGCUAAGCAAGAAGCGAGAGUCGGUGCCAGACCUAGCACCGAUGCUCUGGCACUCCUGUGGCACGAUUGCUGCCCUGUUGCAGGAAAUAGUGAACAUCUAUCCAUCUAUAAACCCACCUACACUCACAGCUCACCAGUCUAACAGAGUGUGUAAUGCCCUGGCACUUCUGCAGUGUGUUGCCUCUCAUCCAGAAACACGGUCGGCUUUUCUUGCAGCUCACAUUCCUCUUUUCCUUUAUCCUUUUCUGCACACUGUGAGCAAAACACGGCCAUUUGAGUACCUGCGACUCACCAGCCUAGGAGUCAUAGGCGCGUUGGUCAAAACAGAUGAACAAGAAGUGAUAAACUUCCUUCUUACCACUGAAAUCAUCCCGCUUUGUCUUCGAAUCAUGGAAUCAGGGAGUGAACUCUCAAAGACGGUUGCUACUUUCAUUCUGCAGAAGAUACUGCUGGACGACACUGGACUGGCUUAUAUAUGUCAGACCUAUGAACGUUUCUCCCAUGUGGCCAUGAUUCUCGGCAAAAUGGUGCUGCAGCUCUCCAAAGAGCCUUCGGCUCGUCUGCUGAAACAUGUCGUUCGUUGCUAUCUUCGCCUCUCAGAUAACCUCAGAGCCAGAGAGGCCCUGCGUCAGUGUCUACCAGACCAGCUGAAGGACAGUACCUUUAGCCAGGUGCUGAAAGACGACACCACCACCAAGCGCUGGCUUGCACAGCUGGUCAAAAACCUGCAGGAAGGCCAAGUCACAGAUGCCAGAGGAAUCCCACUUGCUCCACAGUGAUGGGGUUUGAAUUAACAGUGGACACAAACGGACUCACUGUUUUAAAUUUUUUUUAAAAGAAUGUGGUGCUAAGUCUGUCUGCGAGGAAAAAGACAAAGCGGAGGAAGAUAUUUUUCCUUUUGGAUAAGUUAAUUUUCUCUUCCGGGGAUGUGGACACAAUCAAAACUCCACAUUUACAUUAAUGCAAAGAAACUGUAGCUUGUUAAACUUCAUGCAAAUAUGGACAUCAGAUGAUACUUAAAAUCCAUAAAUAAGACAUUGGCUUGUUUUUUGCCAAACUGACUGAAGAAGAAAUGGGACAUUUAGAUGGGGCAUUUCACAUUUAAGAUAAUUCACUAUCAAAUAACUGUAUUUUUUUUCUGCAGUAAAUCUCAUUGAAAAUAAACCAUUGGAAGAAAAUAGAAAAAUGUUGGAAGGUGGACGAGGAAACCAUGGUCAAAUGAGCUUGAUAAAUCACCAUAGAAACCCAUUUUUUGCUGCAGUACACAUUUAAAAAAAAAAAAAAAACAACAAAAAACUUUUUUUUGUGAGUCAUUGGGCACAACUGCUCAAUAAAUAACCAAAAACUGUUGACAUCAAAUGUUGGCGCUCAUCUUUUUCCCACUGAUGUUUUAACUUCCUGCAACAUUCCACUUCCAAAACCAACUUCAAACAAGAAUUUUUUAAUCUUCAGUUACAGGACUUGUUGCAUCUGUAUUUUUUUCCUUUUUAUAAACAUCAUUGCACUGGUAUUAUAUGCUGCAGUUGAGCAAUACAAUAUAUUCUUCCGGAUUUUUGAUUUUACUGGCUUUGUGUUUAUUUUUUUUUUAUAAACCAUGUUUUCAACCCCGA